AUGUCGCUUGAACAAAAGCACGAUUUCGUAGCCACCGCGUUACCAGACGAGAAGUCUGACGCAUCUAUCGGCGAAAUCCAUGAUCUUGGCUACGAUACAGAGGCAGAGAAAAAGGUACUCAGAAAAUUCGACAAGUUUCUGUUGCCUCCUCUGGCAGUCAUUCUCUUGGUUGCCUACCUCGACAGGUCAAAUCUCGGCAAUGCCAAAGUCUUCGGUUUCGAAGAUGGUAUUGGUCUCGUCGGUAACCAGUUCAACACAAUCUCUACGCUCUUCUACCCUUUCUAUGUGCUUUUCGAAGUACCUUGGACAAUGGCAGUGAAAAGAUUUGGUGCCAAUCAUGUCCUUGGUGUUGCUAUGAUUGCUUGGUCGGCUAUCACUCUAUCCACAGGCUUCAUCAAGAAUUACUCGCAAGCGAUUGCCGUCAGAAUCUUGCUUGGAGCGUUCGAGGCUGGACUGGUACCAUCUGUUGUGUUUAUUAUCAGUACGAUCUGGGAGAGGGAGAGACAGAGCAAGAGGGUCGCCAUCAUUUACGGCGCGAACUGUCUUUCGGGUGCGUUUGGUGGGUUGAUUGCUUAUGGCAUCGAGAGUAUGGGCACAAAACGUGGCCUCGAGUCCUGGCGAUGGCUUUUCAUCGUCGAAGGAGCCAUCUCCAUCGUCCUGUGCGGCAUCUGCUGGGCCAUCCUCCCCAAGAAUGCCGAAACUGCAUGGUUUUUGAACGCCGAAGAAAAAGCUAUCAUGGUUGCCAGGAAACAACGCAAUCUCGUGACCAGAGGCACUGAAGAGUUCUCUUGGUCGCAUGUUCGUGUUGCUUUCACGGACCCAAUCAUUUACAUUGCCUCGGCCAGCUUUUUCUCGGCUUCUAUUGCCUUGUUCGGAUUUGGCACGUUCCUGCCUACGAUCAUCAAAGGACUUGGAUACACCUCGCUACAAGCCAACUACUUGACCAUCCCCGUCUACGUCUUCGCAACCCUCACCCUCAUCACCGCAACAUUCACGUCCGACAAGUUGAAGAAAAGAGCAGCUGUCCUCGCCGUAUUGCCAAUUGCACCAAUCAUCGGCUACAUCAUUGCUUGCGGCACAGCCAACCACGCAGCAGGUUAUUUCGCCAUGUUCCUGUGUGGAGGCGGUAUUUACAGCUACAACUGCUUGAUUCUUACUUGGAUUUCGACCAACCUUGCUCCUGAUUAUAAGCGUAGUAUGGCUAUGCCGUUCUUUGUCUCGCUUGCCAACGUUUCAGGCGUCGUUUCCUCAAACAUAUAUCCACACACCGAUGGGCCUAGAUACUUGAUGGGAAACGCUGUUAGUGCUGGUAUGGAGACGCUAGCACUUUGUGGUGUUGUGGCUGUAUGGUGGACGUUGAGACGCAGGAACUUGGAGAAGGAAAAGUUGAGAGCGCAGGGUGUUGAGGACAAUGGCAGGGAUGGCGACCAAGCGCUGGACUUUGUAUACAACCUCUGA